AAAUUACUUUCCUUUCCCGAAAAGAAAGAGCAAAGAAUUCGACCAAAAAAAAUCUUCUGAAACCCCUUUUUCCUUUUUCUUCUCAGUCUUCUUUUGCCGUUGUUGUGCUAGUUUUGGACUCGGUCCUCUGCAGAGUCCAACGCUUCUCUCUCUCUUAUUCGGUGAUUUAUCUUUGUUUCACGGCAACUUAUUAGGAAGAAGAAGAAGAAAAAAAAAAGUAGCAGUGUUGUGUGAGAAUUGAUCGUUGGAAAUGGCGGAUCAAUUAUCGAAGGCAGAAGAAUACGAGAAGAAAGCAGAGAAGAAGCUGAAUGGUUGGGGCUUGUUUGGCUCCAAAUAUGAGGAUGCUGCUGAUCUCUUCGAUAAAGCUGCCAAUUCCUUCAAGCUCGCUAAAUCAUGGGACAAAGCGGGAGCAACAUACCUCAGGUUGGCAAGUUGCCAUUUGAAGUUGGAAAGUAAACAUGAAGCUGCCCAAGCCUAUGUCGAUGCUGCUCAUUGCUAUAAAAAGACUAAUAUAAAUGAGGCUGUAAAUUGCCUGGACCAUGCUGUGAAUCUAUUCUGUGAUAUUGGAAGACUCUCCAUGGCUGCUAGAUAUUUGAAGGAAAUUGCUGAAUUGUACGAGUCUCAACAGAAUAUUGAGCAGGCUGUUGUUUACUAUGAAAAAUCAGCUGAUUUUUUCCAAAAUGAAGAAGUUACAACUAGUGCAAACCAGUGCAAGCAAAAGGUUGCUCAAUAUGCUGCCCAGCUAGAACAAUAUCAAAAAUCAAUUGACAUUUAUGAAGCCAUAGCUCGCCAGUCUCUCAACAAUAACUUGCUGAAGUAUGGAGUUAAAGGACAUCUUCUUAAUGCUGGUAUUUGCGAACUCUGUAAAGGGGAUCUCGUUGCUAUAAACAAUGCACUAGAGAGAUAUCAGGAGCUGGAUCCAACAUUUUCAGGAACACGAGAAUAUAGAUUUUUGACGGAUUUGGCUGCUUUGUCAUUACACUUAUAUUUUUCUGCAAUUGAAGAAGAAGAUGUUGGACAUUUUACUACCAUUGUCAAGGAAUUUGAUAGCAUGACCCCUCUGGAUUCUUGGAAGACAACACUUCUUUUGAGGGUAAAGGAAAAGCUGAAGGCCAAAGAACUUGAGGAGGACGAUCUUACUUAACUUGCACAUUAGUUAUUCUCUAUCUUGGUUGAACCUCAUGUUUGUUUGAUGAUUUUCAUUGUACCACCAUGCUUGUUUGUCCACUUUAUUCAUCUUACGUCUCUUCAGCACAUAUUGUACUUUCCUUGGUUUUUCUAUUAAAGUGGUUGCCUGAAUUUAAGAAA